GCAAGUCACUGCUUGACAAGAAGAAUGUAUCUAAGCAAUGGACCAAAUUAUCUUGCACAUGUUGAUGGGUACGACAAGUUGAAGCCAUUUGGCUUCGCUAUACAUGGUGCAAUGUGUGGAUUUUCAAGACGAAUACUGUGGCUUAAAGUUGCAAAAACAAACAAUGACUCUUUUGUUGUAGCAUCAUAUUUCUUGAAAUACCUGGAGGAAAUAAAUAGUGCUCCAAGGUGUGUGAGACUUGAUGCUGGAACUGAGAAUAUAUACAUUGAGGGCAUUCAAAAAUCCUUCCGUUGGUACGAUAAUGAUGACAUGUGUGGAGAAAAGAGUUUAUCAAAGGAAGAUCAAUGUCUAACCAGGACUGAGUUCCAAUUCCAGUUAACACUCCUGCAGUAG